AGGUUCAAAAUGCAAAGAUGGGGAAGUGUAAAUUUAACGACAAGUGGAUGGAAGAGGAUGCAUUUAGGAGGUGGUUGGCGCCGGCUGAAAAUAAUAAUGAGGCAAUGUGUAAAUUCUGCAAAAAGACCUUUUCAUUAGGGACCAUGGGGCUCAAAGCCGUCGAGUCGCACAUGAAGGGAGGAAAGCACCAGAGAUACGUUGCAGCAGCUAGUCAUAGCGGGUCCAGGUUAAUCCCUGCAUUGUUUGCAGCUCGACCUAACGAUGUUACUAGUUCAGACGCCACCUCACAGUCGGCUAUAACAAGUUUCAUUUCACCGCCAGACACCCAAAAGGCAGAGUUACUGUGGGUUCUCCAUACUGUGACGAGGCACAAUUCAUUUAAAUCUAACGAGGACAUACGUGACAUCUUUGCUGCCAUGUUCCCCGAUUCGCAGCUUGCAAAGUCAUUCACCUGUGGUGAAAAUAAAACGGCAUACGUCGCCAAAUAUGGCAUCGCUUCAUUUAUCAAGAAGGAGCUAUCGUGCAGCGUUAGUGAGAAGCCAUAUGUCGUCAUGUUUGACGAAAGUUUGAAUAAAACGACAAAGAACAAACAAAUGGACCUUCAUUUGCGAUUCUGGACUACUGAUGAUGAGACCGGCACUCACUACGUCAUCUCCCGCUACUAUGGAUCGGUAUUCAUGGGCCACUCCAGAGCCGAGGACAUGUUGGGUCAUUUCAAUGAAGGUACAAAGGAGCUGAAUCUGAACAACAUGCUCUCACUAUCAAUGGAUGGGCCCGCUGUAAACUGGAAGUUUGUUGAACUCUUACAAGAGGAACACAGAGAGCAGUGUGGUGGAGCCCAACUACAAAUAAUUGGGAGUUGUGGCCUUCACACGAUGCACAACUCGUUCAAGAACGGCUUUGCAGUGUGGCAAGUUGAGAAAGUCCUGAAAGCCCUGCACUACCUGUUUCAUUGUGCACCUGCAAGGAGAGAGGACUUUGUGUUAGUGACAAAGUGUGAUACAUUUCCUCUGCCAUUUUGCGGACAUCGAUGGCUGGAAAACCUUCCAGCAGUGGAGCGAGCCAUUGAAAUUUGGCCAUAUAUUGUCACCUAUGUGGAUCAGGUCAAAGCCAAAAAGCUGCCCAAUCCAAGGUCAUCGUCAUAUGACACCAUCGCAGAAGCCCGGAUGGAUCACUUCAUCUUGGCAAAGUUACACUUCUUCAUGAGUGUCUCAAGAAGUUUUCAGCCAUUUCUCACCAAGUAUCAGACAGAUGCCCCGAUGAUUCCCUUCCUCGGCAGAGAUUUGGAGGAUCUAAUCAGGAGCCUUCUCAGACGCUUCAUAAAGCGAGACGUCCAGGUUGAUGUUUCCCCAGCAAAGCUGGUCAAGCUUGAUGUGACAGACCAAAAGCUUUGGGUCAGUCCAAAGCAAGUGGACAUUGGCAUGGGAGCCACAGCUGCCCUCAAGGUGAUAAGAUUGCCCAACAAUUUCAGAAGUUCCUCUUCAGUGAGGCCAGAGGAGAGGAAUUCAUGGCCUUCAGUGCAUUGGAUGGAAAAUUGCGAGUUGACAGCUUCCUGCAUAAGGCCAUGAAUGGAUA